AUGGCACGCGUGGUCGUUGUCUCCUCCAAGAACCCCGUCAAGAUCGGGGCAGCGCGGCAGGGGUUCGAGCUCAUGUUCCCCGGCGGCGACGGCUUCGACAUCCGCAGCCUCAGCGUCCCGUCGGGGGUGCCGGAGCAGCCCUUUUCAGACCAGGAGACGCUCGACGGCGCGACGAACCGGGCAAACAACGCGCGGGCCGCCGAGCCGGACGCAGACUAUUGGGUGGGCAUCGAGGGCGGCGUUGACGACUCGAGGCACGACGGUGAGGCGGCGGCGGCGGCGGCGGCAGCACCCCCCGUGCGCGGCGAAAGUGCAAGCGGUGGCGCCGGUGAGGUCGACGGCAGCAAGGCAGCAGCGACGACGGGCAGGGGUCCCAUCGAGUCGUUCGCGUGGGUCGUCGUCAUUGGCAGGGACGGGCGCGUGGGCAAGGCGCGCACGGCGGCGUACUACCUCCCCGAGGAGACGGCGAAGCUGCUACGCGAGGGCAUGGAGCUGGGCCACGCGGACGACCUGAUCCACGGAAGGACAAACUCGAAACAGCGCACCGGGUCGGUGGGCAUCCUCACGGACGACGCCGUGGACCGCGCGGGGUACUACACGCAGGCGGUGGUCCUGGCGCUGAUUCCCUUCAAGAACCCAAAGCUGACGUUUAACUGA